GCAGGCAGCCUCAGCUUCAGUCUCCAAGGCGCUUCAUCAUUACAGCUCCUCCCCAGUUCUGCUGCUACUGUCACGCGUUUUGGGUUAUGUAGUUUUUUUGACCGAUCGCAUCGCCGUUGUAUUGUGGCUUCUACGCGCUGUUUGAAUCCCUGAUUCGAUGUGUUUGCCGUCGCCUCCUGCCUCUGCCCACCUCCAGUAACCCAUGUCCGCGUGCAUCCCGCCUCCUCCCCUCGCCCCCGCUCACGCUCCGCGGUGCCCGCCGUCACCAUGUCCACUCCGCCCGUAGACCCGCUCUCGACUGUGGAAAGCGGCCCACAGUCGCACUAUUUCCAGCUGCCCAGGAAGUUGCCGAAACGCAAGAGCCGCUUCAAACGCUCGGAUGGCAGCACGUCCUCGGACACAACAUCUAGUUUUAUCAAACGGCAGGGGUCGGCUGAGUCCUAUACCAGUAGACCGUCGGAUUCCGACCUGUCAGCAGAGGAAGACCGCGAGGCGUAUCGGCGUGAAGCCGAACGCCAGGCACAACUUCAGCUCGACAGAGCUAAGUCCAAACCUGUGGCGUUCGCAGUAAAGACAAAUGUGAGUUACUGUGGAGCUCUGGAUGAGGAUUGUCCCGUACAGGGCGCUGCAGUCAACUUUGAUGCCAAAGACUUCCUGCACAUCAAAGAAAAAUACAGUAAUGACUGGUGGAUCGGGCGUCUCGUCAAAGAGGGAGCUGACAUCGCCUUCAUCCCCAGCCCGCUGCGACUGGAGGCGAUGAGACUCAAGCAAGAGCAGAAACAGAGAAAAACAGGUGGCAACUCCUCCAGUUUAGGAGACAUGGUGACUGGAAACUGGAGGACCACACCACCAUCUGCAGGCGAAUCUAAACUGAGGCAAAAACAGGAACACGUCCCUCCGUACGAUGUGGUGCCAUCCAUGAGGCCGAUGGUCCUCGUGGGUCCAUCACUCAAGGGUUACGAGGUUACAGAUAUGAUGCAGAAAGCCCUCUUUGACUUCCUAAAACACAGAUUUGAAGGAAGAAUCUCAAUCACCCGUGUCACUGCCGACUUGUCCCUAGCUAAAAGAUCCGUCCUCAAUAAAAGACCCAUAAUGGAAAGGUCCAACACUCGGUCCAGUUUGGCCGAGGUUCAGAGUGAAAUCGAGAGGAUAUUUGAACUCGCCAAAACGCUGCAGCUGGUGGUUUUGGAUGCGGACACCAUCAACCAUCCCGCACAGCUCGCCAAAACCUCCCUCGCACCCAUCGUCGUCUACGUGAAAGUCUCCUCGCCAAAGGUGCUCCAGAGGCUGAUCAAGUCCAGGGGGAAGUCUCAGAGCAAGCACCUGAAUGUUCAGAUGAUGGCUGCAGACAAACUCUCUCAGUGCCCCCCCGAUUUGUUUGAUGUCAUUUUGGAUGAAAACCAGCUGGAGGAUGCCUGUGAGCAUUUGGCCGAAUACCUGGAGAUAUACUGGCGGGCCACACAUCUCCCAGGCACCACCCCUCUCAAUCCUCUUUUAGAGCAGAGUCUGCUGACCCCACCGUCCGCCAUCUCCAGCCUCCAGAACAAGAACCAGCCGCCGCCGAGCGAGGGCGUUGAAAUGGAGGCUGAGGAACGGGAAGAGGAAGAGGAGGAAGGCGAGGCGGAAGAAGAGGCAGGCGAGGAGGCCAUCUCCCCCUUGGAGCAGGACAGUCUCAUGCCAUCGGACGAGGCCAGUGACUCGCUGUCUCAUGGCCAGAGGGGGAGCCCGUGUCAUCAGGCAGGAGAAGAAGAGGAGGAAGAGGAGGAUGAGUACGCCUCUCCCUGCCACGGCCGCACGUACAGGGGCAUGUACCCUGCCCGCCGGGGGCACGCCGGGGGCCGCAACGUCAACAGCCACGAGUCACAGGACAGGCUGCUUCAAAGUGAAGCCCAGCAGGGUCACAACCAGAGGAACAACCGCCAGCGCAGCCGCCCUUGGCCGCGAGACACCUACUGAUAAAUCCACAACUCCAGGUCUAUUUUUAGAGCAUCACUUUUUCUCCGCCGAGGAGACAUUUUGACAUCUCCGGGAAGAUUGUCAACAGGGCUCUUCCGCAAUGGAAUGUCUUCAGGCAAACUUGCGCUGCUUUGCCCGUGUUUCUCUAUCGUAGGAUGUCUCCAUAUACAGUAUGCUGGCCUUAAAGAAAACAUGUUCAGGCAUCUUUACUGUUGCAUGUGUGACUAGAGUAUCAUCACCUUUGAGAGUAUUUGCACAUUGAUGCCAGAACAGGAGCUGAAUGAUCUUUACGGCGAAACUAAUGUAGAAAUGUUUACUGUUGAAACCACACAUGAGAGGUACUAACGCAUUUUCGGAUCAUGUAAAUAUGAACGGACGCCUAAUUUAUUUACAUGGCUUCUUGAUUUGGCCACGUGUUUCAGAUACACGCUGCCAUCCACCUGUUGUUGUUUUGCACAUUUGGGAGAUGGUGAAUGGCGCAUUGCAAAUGUGAAGUUGCAAUACAUGUCCGUGUCAUGCCACUAAUACAUUUCCUCUCUCUCGCGCCGAUACUGCACAAUCAUUUGCGAACACCUGGAAAAUGUUGACGGGCACAGACAAUGUAAACAUCUGAUAUUAAAAAAAAAAAAAAAAAAAAACGAAAGGGAAUGUUGGUGCCCUAAUUGUUUGUUUACGUUGACCCGUCCCUACACAUGAAACGCUGUUCAGUGGCAGCUUUCAAGAAUGUAUGUUUGCAUGCCUCAGUGCUUCUCUGAAGCACCCCAUCAUCUGAUUGUAGCACAUUCUUUGAUUGUAGCAUCCCCGGAUUCCGCGCUAUUCUCUCUGCAUCCGUUAUGUGUACUGCAAUUUGACCACGGCCGACCCUCAGGUGUCCCUCAGCUCCAUGUGAGAAGCGUGCGGCGAAGGACUCCCAGCUGUAGCACCUGCCCGUGACAUGACAGAACAUCAUUCUGUUCUCUUCCGCCAUCAGCUUGCGAUGGCAUCUCAUAGGUCCAUACCAGCUGACUUAGGGAAUUACUUGGUUACUGCUUCUAUGUCACACAUGUAUCUAGUGUUGUACAUUUUAUUUUGAAGAGGGAAAAAAACAGCAUGAUUGAGAAAAAAAAAAGACAAAAAAAAACUAUGCAAGCGUUGCAUGAAUUCUGAUUCUUUUUACCGUUAAGUAUUUUAGUAAUGCAUCGUUUCUGGUUGUGCCCGUUGUCUUGCAGUGAUGGUCGUCUUUGGGGCGGUUUCCUUCUCCACUUAGAUCCUAACAGCACUCUCACUCACUCCCACAAGUUCAAGUUGAGCUGGGCACUCACUCGCUUGUCGCACUUUGAAAGUCCUUCACUGAAAACCGUCUCCAGAUCGGAUUGAUGAAUGAUGUCCUGCAUGUCUUAGUUCUACAAUUAGCUAUUUUCAUUCUAUUUUGCCAGAGAGGACCAAUGAAUGAACAACUGAUGAAGCGGUUGAGGUUUAUUUCCAAUUUAUGAAGCACAAUUUUUGCGAGGUUAUUAUUUAAUUUCCUCUGUCUUAUUCUGUAUGCAAUACUAAGUCUAACGAAAAAUGAAACGCCUUACACCAUCUGGACUUCCUCUUUAGUGAGAGUAGGAGGGGAUAAAAAAAAAUGAGAAAAAAAA